AACGUGAAAGCAACUCGAAAAGCCGUCAGCAGGCAAGAAGUGUAAUAAGUGCCAGUUUUUGUCACAAUCUACUAACGUAUGCACAGCAAAUAUAAAACCAGCCGUUGUUGAGUUAUCUUGGCGACGUACAGACACACACAUGUACGAUGCCUAAAAUGAUGACAUUGACUAAACUUCAAAUUUCAUGGAGGUAAUAGAUAAGAACACAUUUUCAAAUACUCUACCUAAUUUUGAGCCAUAUAAUACCAAAGAAAAUAAAUUCCCAUCACCCCAGCUUCCCCUAUACGCACAAACACCAACGGUCCGUCCCCUACAGCAGACCAACAGCCCUGUGUCGUCUGUACGGGGUUGUCAUCCCUGAGCCCAGCGUGUCCCAUCAGUCAGUCCGCACAGACAACCGCCAGGUCUGACCGGAACACUUUCACCAUGCGGCCUUCGGUCAUACUUCUACUGCUGCUGUAUUUCGGAGAUGGAAGGGCCAAGAAAGCGUCGAAGGAGGCGGCGAGGACACCGGUCAAGGAACCGCGCAACACGCAGUGCGAAAUGCUGGGCAGACGGUACCUCCGUCACUGCCAGUGUGGCCUGAGUGAUCUUGGUCUUCUCACGGCCGCCUUCAUCGGCAAGCCCGAGCAGUCUGCCUCCCCGGUGAAUUACCUGGAGUUCGACAUGAUGCGGAGACAGCUCGGCCUGCACCUCACGGAGAUCAAGUCGGUGAAGCGGCUGGUGAUGGAGGUGCUGAGGAAGCUGGACGGCGUGGCGGAGGAGCAGGAGAAGAUGAGUCUGCGGCAGCACACGGACGCGGGCCCGACCAUAGUGGUUCCCAAGCAGACCUGUCUCCCUGUGCAGCAGAAGACCUGUCCCGGGAUCAUGUAUGUAGGCCACAUAUCGUGCACAGACAUACUGCUGAGCGGCACAAACACCAGCGGCAUCUUCACGAUAUACCCCCGCUUCUACAACAGCAGCUUCCCGGUCUUCUGCGACAUGGACACCGACGGCGGGGGCUGGACCGUCAUCCAGAGGCGCAUCAAUGGCAGCAUCAAGUUCUUCCGCCCGUGGAAAGACUACAAGGAGGGGUUCGGCGACCUGGAGGGAGAGUUCUGGCUGGGUCUCGACAGCAUCCACGCCCUGACUCGGUCGUUCGGCAGCACGCUGCUGCGUAUUCAGGUGGAGAGCUUUGAGGGCCAGUGGCACAUCGCCCAGUACGACGGCUUCAAGGUCGCCAACGAGUCAGAGAACUACAGGAUGACCACUGGCCGCUUCACAUACGGCAGCAACGUGCCGGACUCCUUCAGCUACCACGACGGGGCGAACUUCAGCACCUUCGACCGGGACAACGACGGGGACGAGGAGGUGAACUGCGGGAAGAAGAGCCGAGGUGGCUGGUGGUACAAGGGCGGCAUGCCGGGCAAGAACAAGUGCGGGCUCAGCAACCCGAACGGCCUGUACCACCUGGGCGCGUAUGAGGGGGAGGAGAACGGCAUCUACUGGUACUUCUGGCGCAGCGACUACCUGUACUCGUUCCGUAAGGUCGUGAUGAUGGUCCGCCCGGCACACUUCUACUACGCCCCGAGCCAGGGCUACCGCCGGCCCCCACAACAGUACCCGUACCCUUACCCAUCAUCGUACUACCCUGGGCCAGCACCACAACCACCACCACCAUACUACCCUGGACCAGCGCCACAGCAACAACCAUAUCCAUCUUACAGCAACCCCGCCCCGGCAGCUCAGCAACCAUACCCGAACCCCGCACCUUACCCUACAGGUUACGACGCCGCAAGCCUUAACAGCGCGCCAAGUCCGACCUCUUCCUCGCAGUACUACUACCAGAGAUACAUGCAAGGUGACAAAGGCGAAAAGUAGCAGUAUGAUAACUUCCUUGACAAUGGCCUUCCCAGGUGUUAAUAUAUUUUCAUCAUUCUUCAAGAAGAAGCGAAAUUUGCUGAAGAAACGUCAGUAACAAUUCUGAGGGCAUUGGGAAACUCUACGCCACUCAAGGUGAAAAUGGGGAACCACGCACCUGAAAAUGACAACCUUAGUGUUUAAAGGUUUGGCUGUGAAGAACAUACAGCCAGGGCUGCCCAACUACCCAGUGGCCAACCUCAAAGCUGAAAAGACAGUACUGAUCAUGGAAUUUAACAAAAGAUAACCUAAAUAGUGUGGUGUUUGUUAAUUUUGCAUGGAUUUAAACGGUUUUCUACCUUCUUCAGUUGAUGCACAACUCCUAUGGGUCUUCAGAUGUAAAGGGGUAUUACUAAAAGGGGUAUUACUUAUCUGUUUUCUAAUAGGAUAUAAUGUAUUUGAUUAUCUAAAAUGGUCUAAGCUGAGUAAAUGUAGGUGUUUAACAGGUGAAACCAGCAUUAGAGGAAGUACUAAUUGUGAGUCAUAUUUCUUUCUUAAUAGCAGUGACUUGCAAAUUAUAUCUAGUAUAGGUGAUAAGAAUGUGCUUGAUAAUGUUAAGGAAUGAGAAUGUAAAUUUGUGAGAGACUGAAAUGUACAAAGUGCAGCAGCAUCCAAGUUUAGGCUAUUUGGAAGUGGGAAGGGUCUUCAAAUACGGGUAGGGAGUUUUAUGAAAUUAUUUCUAAUCUCAAACAAAAUUCUCAAACCUUAUUUCACAGGACUACAACAAUACACUAAUGACGUUGGACCUAUGUUCUUGUAAGGUCACAAUCAUGUUAGGUGAAGACUGGUAAUCAUUAAUAUGUGAAAACCUAUCAUAUAACUAUUUGUAAUGUUAAACACAUGCGGAUAGCUGUACUUGUCAACUUUUAACACAAGCAAUUUAAGCCAGCCCAAACCCUCUUAACAACAGAGGGGGCUGGGACCAGCUGGGACCACAUAUUGAGAUAUACAUUACAAAAUCUUAGAUUUACUUUGCUGAACAAAUACAUAAGUUUGAGGUGGUCAAGCUAAACCAGAAAUAUCUGAAACAAUGAGUACAUGGAAAAUCAAAGUACACAGAGAAUACACACAACAAGAAAACAUUUAGAGGCUACUGUGGAUGGUUCAAAACAGGUUCCCUAGAAUUCUUUCUUGGGGGAACAAUGAUACAAAGGAACAGAGCUGAUGCAAUAAUCUACAAAGGUCAAGAAAGGUUUUAAUACAAGUAUCUGGAACAGAACAAAAACAACACAAUGUGCAUCUUUAUGCAGUUUUAACACAAUGUUGAUCCAGAACUUCAAAAUUAUUACUGGCUUUCAAUAUUUUCACACAUGUACCAUUCAUGUUAGAUAAACUGUAACAGGCACUAGAUCUGGAGCUGGAGAACAUUAAUGGCAAGUUGAAAAUCCACCAAGUUGAAAACAAAUGUCCAUUACCAUGGCAACCAUGGGUGAAUUAUGUCUGGGAUGUUUUCUAAGUCUUUCCUUUAAGUAUAUGAUAAUGCAACAUGACAACAUAAAUAUUUCAGCAAUAGUUUCAACAAGAAAACAACACAACAUUGAUCUUUUAACAGGAAUGUUAAUCAACUCUUUUCCUGCAAGAGCUCAAAACCAUAAGAUUUAUAUUGUUUCUGAAUGAAAUCAUCUCCAUAAUUCACCUGUAUCUUUUGU